AAGAAACGUGUCGAACACGUGGUCAUCAUUGACAGGUAAAACGUCAAAACAAACAUUUUCGCAAUUUCCCGCUCGCUUUCCAUCAAUACGAUCCUGUUUACACGUUCCUUUUUGGAUUUUCAAAACCGAAACGACCUUUGGACGGUUUUAAAACGUAAUCUCUGUGUGUGUUGUGUGGAUGUGUUUCAUGUGACAUAAGAAUUUUUUUAACACACCCCGGAUAAAAAUCUUCCCUUAAAGAAAUGGUUUUUAUUUCUCCAAAAAACCUUCACAUAACCUCAAAGAUCGUUGAGAGAUUACUGCUUCGUCCAGUAUCAAGUUUAAAUUUGAAUCGGAAAAUGUCUUCGGGAGGAGAUGAUGUAAUUUUAGAAUCUGUAAAUAACAUUGGUAUUAUUACCUUGAAUCGACCGAAAGCUUUAAACGCUGUCAACUUGUCAAUGGUCCAAAAAAUCCUUCCAACUUUACAAGAAUGGGAAAAUACUCAAUCGUUUGUUUUAAUAAAAGGAGCUGGGGAUAAAGCUUUUUGUGCUGGUGGUGAUGUAAGAGCUGUUGUGGAAGCCGGACAAAAAGGUGAAAAAUUAGGGCAUCAAUUUUUUAGAACUGAAUAUACAAUGAAUGGGUUAAUUGGUAAUUAUCGCAUCCCAUAUGUUGCGUUAAUUGAUGGGAUUGUUAUGGGUGGAGGGGUUGGGUUGUCGGUUCAUGGUCAUUACAGGAUUUGUACUGAAAGAUCACUUUUUGCUAUGCCUGAGACACAAAUUGGGUUAUUUCCGGAUGUGGGUGGUUCCUAUUUUUUACCACGUCUACCUGGAAGGUUGGGUUAUUAUUUAGCAUUGACCGGACAUCGAUUAAAAGGAGCUGACAUACAAAAAGCUGGAAUAGCUACUCAUUACGUUGAUAGUAGAAACAUGGCACAUUUAACAGAUGAAUUAAUCCGUUGUAAAAAUCAUGAAACGAUUAGAGAAGUUUUAGAUAAAUUUUCAGUAAUCGAUGAAAAACCUUUUUCGUUAAAACAACAUCAAGUUAAAAUUGACAGUUAUUUUGCGGCUCAUACCAUGGAAGAACUUUAUUUUAGGUUAUCAGAAGACGAUUCGGAGUGGUCAAGAAAAACUUUAAAAACUUUAGAUGGAAUGUCUCCAACGAGCAUGAAAAUUACAUUGAGAUUGUUGCAAUUGGGUGCUCAAGCGAAUCUUUUGGAAUGUCUUCAAAUGGAAUAUAGAAUGGCGGUUGCUUGUUUGGCUAAUCAUGACUUUUACGAGGGCGUUAGGGCAUUGUUGAUCGAUAAAGAUAAGAACCCGAAAUGGAAUCCGGCUACUUUGGAGGAAGUUAGUUCGGAUAUUGUUGCAAAUCACUUCAUGAAACUUCCCGACAGUGAGGAAUUGAGACAUAAAUUAUAAAAUGAAUUUAUUUAUUUCUUUUUUUUUUGAAUUAUGAGAUGAUGAAAUUUGAGAUACAUUUUGUUGAAAUAAAAAAUAAAGUUGUUAUAAUUAAUUCAGAAUUAAAUUAAAAUUUUUUUUGGUUA